AUGAAGAUUUGUUUUGGCAAUUAUGUCAUUUUGGUUUGGGUUAUGGCAAUCUCUUUUUUCCCUUUUGCUUGUGGUAAAGGAUGCAGCGAAGAACAGAACAAAGCUCUGUUGGAGAUCAGAAACUCAACAAAUGGUGUAGCCUUUGCAGGGUGGGACGGAAGGGAUUGUUGUAAUCAAACGCUUGAAAUCGUGUGUGGGAGUAUUGGCGGGGGGGUUAGCGUUAUCCAUUUGGAAAACUACUUGAAUGGCGACAUGGCACCUUCAAAAACAUGGUAUCCUAAUGUAACCUUGUUCACCCUGUUUGAUGAAUUGGAAGAACUCAUUCUUAAUAAGAUGCAAAUUGGAGGAGGCCUUCAACCUUUUUGCGAAUUGAAGCGACUGAAACAUUUGAGGGUGUUGGAUCUUUGGAAUAAUGGAUUGGAGGACUUUAUUCCUUCUUGUCUUGGGAUGAUUGCAAAUCUCGAAAUCCUCGAUCUUUCACAUAAUCUCUUUCAUGGCAAUGUACCUCCAUUAAUAUUCUCUAACCAAAGCAGGAUUUUGAGAUUUGAUGUUUCGGGCAAUCAAUUAGAAGGGGUUUUAUCAUUUUCUAUUUUUGCCAAUGCUUCAAGUCUCGUAACCCUUGAUCUUUCAAGCAACUACGAUUUGCAAGUUGAAACCGAAUCUCCCUCAUGGGUCCCAACCUUUCAACUACAAACUCUGAGCUUGGAGGAUUGCAACAUCAACAAGAAGAAUGGUCACAUUUUCCCAAGCUUCAUCUUGACCCAAUAUUCCUUGUUACGGCUAGAUUUGUCCGUAAACUCAAUAGAGGGAAGCAUACCUUGUCAGCUGUUGUUCAACACGAAUAUCACGUAUUUAUCCUUGAGAAGCAACAAAAUCGAUGGUUCUUUUCUUGAUUGUGUUGCUAAUCAAACUUCGUCACUUACGGUUCUUGACAUAUCUAAUAAUUAUGUCAAAGGUCGUCUUCCUGAAAAUAUUGGACAUCUUCUUCCAAGCUUACUUCAAGUUAACAUGUCCUCAAAUGCAUUACAAGGCAAAAUUCCAUGGUCAUUUGGUAAUCUGUCUUUGGAAAUAGUAGAUCUUUCUAACAACAUGUUCUCCGGAACAAUACCACAAAGUUUGACUAGAAAUGGAAGCCACGUGGCAUAUCUAAAUCUAUCAAACAAUAAGUUGCAAGGAGAAAUGCUCCCAAGGAACUCCAACAUGACAUGGCUGGAGACUUUACUACUUGGCGGCAAUCAUUUUGAAGGAGUCAUCUCACCCACGAUCUCAAACAGUCCCUCUUUGGAAAUAUUAGAUGUUCGAAACAAUCACUUGUCUGGUAGUAUUCCAAAGUGGUUGUAUGAUCGUCCUAGAUUGGCCAUAAUUCUUUUAGGUGGAAAUCGCUUUGAAGGUCACCUACUCCGACAAAUGUGUCAAAUGGAAAGGUUGCGAAUUUUCGAUAUCUCUAAUAAUCAUGUUUCAGGUCGAAUUCCCACCUGCCUUGAUAACAUUACAUUCUGGAAGAAGAUGUCUCCAACCGGAACAUUUGUAAAUGGACUUGCACAUGCAGAUGAAAUGCAAGUUGAAAUCGGAGCGUCAUGGCAAAUAAAAAAUGCGGUAUAUAAUUUCAAAGGUAUACCGCUAUGGUUGAUUACUGGAAUUGACAUGUCAUCCAACCAAUUGACAGGUAGCAUUCCUUCUAAAAUGGGAGACUUGUCACAGAUUCGAUUUUUGAACUUGUCAAAUAAUUUCUUAACAAGUCCCAUUCCAAUUUCUUUCCAAAACUUGAAAAACGUGGAGAGUUUGGAUCUUUCUCACAACAAUUUGAGUGGGAAAAUCCCUUAUGAAUUGGUUGGACUCACUUCUCUAUCUACAUUUAGUGUUGCAUAUAACAAUCUUUCAGGAAGAAUCCCAUUUGAACGACAAUUCUCAACUUUUGGGAUGCAAUGCUAUGAUGGUAAUCCAAAUCUUUGUGGAGACCCUCUACCAAGGAACUGCUCAACCACAAAUGAACUUCAACCUGAGCAUAACGGUCAAAGUAAGGACAAAGAAGAAGGGACUAGAAUAAUUGAUAGCCAUUUAUUCUUCUAUGCAUUUGUUGCUGUCUCUUAUGCAUUUGGAUUUUGGGUUUUUUUCGGAAUCCUAAUCUUGAAUAAGAAUUGGAGGCAUAACUAUUUUAGAGCCGUGGAUAGAUUUAUUGAGUCUUUUUUUGAAAUGCUUUCCAAGUAUUGGUGA